CACGUGCAGAGUCAAAAGGGUGAGCUCAGGGGCCGAGAAACCUCAUGAAGUCAAGCCUGGGGCGGGGAAACUGUUGUGACUGUGAGUAUGCAGCCAAUAGGAACUGAUCUUCGUCGCGCGUCGGAGUUUUUCCUGUAAAUCAGCGGACUUAGUCUUGUUUUAGCUACGAAAAUUUCGCAUGGAAAUGGCAAAGGGUAUAUCAGUGUUCGGAGCGACUGGUGGUCAAGGUGGUGGAGUUGUCUCAGCUCUUCUUAAAGCCACAAGAAGAGGAGAAAAUUACGCUGUGCGUGCACUCACAAGAAACCCAGAGGGAGCUAAGGGGCAAGAACUGAAGAGCAAGGGAUGUGAAGUUGUCAAGUGUGAUCUAGAUGAUAAAGAAUCUGUGGAGAAAGCGAUUCAUGGCUCUUACGGAGUUUUCUUGGUCACGGAUUACUGGGAGCAUUUUAGCAAGGAGAAAGAAAUUGAUCAGGGCAAACGAGUGAUUGACGUGUGCGAGGCGUUGGGAGUGAAUCACUUGAUUUACAGUGGCUUGGAACAUGUAAAGAAGGUGAUUGGAAUUGAAUGUGGUAAGUUUUAUUUAUCUAGAUGUUCCCAGCAUUUCGUGACCUAAUUAAUGUAUUCAAGUGAUGCCCAAAUAUUGAUGUGAUGACCUGAAGAAAUCCUAGUUCACUGUUAUCAAACGAAGAUUUGAGUAAGGUUAAGAGAACACCGAAAACGAAGAGGAAAGCUCAUUACGUAAUGGCGCCGUUGUCCCGGGGCUUUGACUUCAAUUCCUUCCAGUAACUGAGUUGGACCACAGGUACCCCAAGCCCACGAGUGAGUUGCAUAACAGGAUUGUUAUAAUAGUUUGUGUGGAAAAUUCAUAGAUCGUUGCUCUCUCUAUGUAUGCGAUAAUUAUUUAUAUAAAACUCGCUAAAAUCGCAAUGAAACGGCCAGAAAUGCUGAGAGCAUACCACAAACAAGACAAGCAGGCAAGGUAGGACGUUUUGAUGUAUUUUUAUUUCUAUUUUAAGGCCCUAAAUAUUUGUCGAUAAAUUUUCCAUACAAACUCUUAUAAUAUUUCUGUUACGUAACCCACUCUCCUUCUGUCGGAUAUAUCAACGAAACAAAGUAACGCAGUGAAGAGUAACGGAGUAUUUAAAGGGAGAAACAAGUGACGGGGUAAAAAAUUCCAGGCCCUUGAUUUUUUUCUCCUUUUUUACUAGGUUAAAAAAAAAUUAAAAUGACAAAAAAUAUAGUAAGUUCUGGUACUGAUAAGUGUUUGAUGUACUCGCAGAAGGUUAUCACAAAAAUAUGACCAGUCAGGUAUGCGAACAGUCGGAUAAUUCUUUACCAAAUAUCACCUCAUCAGCUGUUGAAGUACAAGUGUCACGUAUCCCUGACAGUUUUUCCGUUUUAAUUCAUUGUGACACAUUGACAUUAUUUCAGAAGUCGUACAUGAGGUACAGACCAACAAAAAUCGCUUUUUAUGACUAGAAAUGAAAUAAGGCCCGACAGUGAUGAAAUACAGGCAAAUGCAGCAGAAACGGUAUAAUGAAAACGAAAUAUUUUGAAAUUUGCAGGGAGAAUUGGGCUUAAAUCCAAACUUAAGUACUGAAAAGUUCAAAAAUCGAUUUUAAUCGGGAGAUUAGGUGACCCGUCAGGAAGACAGGAAGAUUUGUGCUGCAUCUGGGGGAGUUGGCAUACAGUGGAACCCUGCUAAAUACGGCGACGCCCGCGUAAUGCGGACACCCGAAAAGUUUCGUUUGUCCCGACAUAUUUUCUCCAAAAUUGACCCGCUGAAUACGGACACCGGUUUAUAGAAUGUUUUCACUGGCGUGGCCAACAUCCAUGUAAAUUUAUUGGUACAAAUAAAAGCGUUUGCAUAAGAAAAGAGUUCAACUCCCACACCGGGACUCAGUCUGGUUUGGGACACCAACAUGACCGCCGUUUCAUUGUUUUGGGACACCAAUAUGGCCUCCGUGACGUCAUGUGAAAACACUCUAUAAGGACAACGGACACUUCUCUGUGUUCCGAGUCACAAACUCUGAUAUAUCGUCAACCCCGCUUUACGCUGAUACUGAAUACCCACGCACUAUUUAUUUACCUUGUCACAAUCAUAUGCUAAAAACGGUAGCAAAAUAACGUAACACGUUUGGUUUGGUCGGCCCUUAAUUUUUUCUUUCCUUGUGUUUGACCCACCCUUGUACUGUAGCCGUUUGAUAAGCUUUUCUCUCUGCAGUCACUGUUUUUACCUUUCUUUCUCUUUGUUUGCUACAUGUGUCCGUGACCUAUUUUCCGACAGCUCAUGCACUUAAUACGGACACCCGGAUGAAGUGGACACUGUAGCAUAUCCCCUUGGUUUCCGUAUUAACGGGGUCCCCCUGUAUGUGUAAGAGUACCAUUCAAAAGGAUAGCAUUUGAUCUGUCCAGUCAUCAUGCCCAACUGCAGGUAGGAUUAGUUUUCGUCAGACAUGGAAACAAUUUUAGUUGGACAUCGUCCGAUGACCAACUGUUAUUUGCAGCUCUGCAUGAGGACCCCUACUUUCGGGUGACAAGCGAAGAAAACUUUGGCGCCUGUAAUGUAUCCUCUUCCCGCCAUCGCUCAAAUGUCAUCCUUCUGCUCAUGCGUAAACAGAUCCUUUCAUUCUCGACCCCAGGGUCCUUCUUUUCUUUUGGUGACGUGGUCUUAGCCGGGUCGCUCUGGGGUCAAAGGUUUGGUUGCUAUGCCAUUAUGUCACUGCUGGAUUUAAUCUUGUGAGACUAACAACAUUCUUUUUCAACUCUUUUUUCUCAAGCACAUUUUGACAGCAAAGGCAUAGUUGAAGAAUAACUCCACACGAAGAAACCGAAAGAGAAACUGAAUUUCACCAUAGUUCGCUUCCCAGGCUACUUCGAUAAUUUCAUUACCAGGCCACGCAGAUUAGACGAAAACAUUUUUGUCUACGACAUUCCAAUGGAGGGGGCUCCCGUGGAUGCGAUUGACGUCAAACAAGGAGGAGAAUGUGUAUAUGGUGAGUAAUAAAAAAAGCAAACGUACGGCACAGAAUCGAUACUGCAGAUAAAUGACUUCUCUCUAUUCUCUGUGAUCAGUUGUCGUAAAAUCGGUCGGACUUACUGACUGUCUUACCUAGGUAUUGGUCUUGUUAAAAACAGCAGCAUUUAUAGUGUUCAAAUAAUCAUACUCCUGUAACGGAAGUUUCCUCCCACCACUUCAUCGAGUUGCCCUUUGAAUGGGGGUAUUUUCGAGGCUGUUAUCCACCGUAUAAUCUUAGCACCUUUCAAUAAGACAGAGGAUUAAAGCAAAUCUGAAACGGAGAAAUAUUUUAAGUGAACAAUAACAGCAUUGAAAAAUUUUCAACAUCCUAUUUGUAUAUUUGGAUUCUAGGCAUAUUGACAGACCCCGAUGGUUAUCGCUUUAAAACGAUUGGUCUGAGCGCCGACAAACUGACUAUUCAGCAGUACUGUAACAUAUUAUCAGAACAUCUGAGCCCUAAGAUAUUCCAGGUUAGUUGACAAACUACUUAAAUCCUAGCUUGAGGUUUCCUUAACUAGUGUCUUUGUUGAGUCAUUAAGGACUAUAGUAGCAAAACAACAACUUUGUACUUGCAUCACACUUUUUUGUACAUUUCUUUGCCGUCAUUGCACGACUACAACGUGAAAGUGACUAAUUUCUUUCCUAAUUUUACGUUUUCUCGAGGACGGGAACACAAGACAACAACUUUCUUUUUCUUUUCUUUAACGUUAAUACAGGACGGCAGAAAGAAGAGGAUGGUAAAACGUUUGCGUGUGACAAACGUGAUAGGGCUAUUACUUGUGUGUUUUGUCGUGAUCUUCACUUAACAUUGAUCAGUUUGUCUUAGUCUUUUACAAAGAAGUGCUUCAGUAAAGGAAGUUGAAGUUUGGAGGAAAGUUUUUUUUCAAACAUAGUUAUUGUCAUGCUUGACACACAAGGUUUGCCGUCUUCUUUCCUCUAGUCUUGUCGGGUAAGUUCACUAUUUACACUGGAAAUACCUCCCUGUAGAUCCUUCAAUUUCCUUCACGUGUCCCUUUUAAAAUACGAAAACCUCAGUCUUAUUUUUCUUUUUAACGCUAAACUUGUCGAAUGCAAGGUUGAGGAACGAGGCGUAUAAUAUCUUUACUGUUUGCUUAACCUCAAAACGUCAAUGAAAACGUCCCUGUUUUAUUCUUGAAGGAUUCUAAAAUCACCUUGGAUCAGUUUAGAGCUCUUGGCUUUCCCGGAGCAGUAGAACUUGGAAAUAUGUUCGAGUAUUAUAAGCGAGGAAACCCGGACUGCAAUAUCGAGCUGACAAAGAAGCUGAAUCCAGAUCUUCAAGGGUUUGAUGCGUGGGUGAAGGCCAACAAGAAAAUGCUUGAAAACAACUUCAACUCCUUGAACAUACAGUCUUAAAUUUAAAGCCUUUUGGCGUCGAGAGUUCUAUCAUUUUUGAGUAGUGUAUGAUUGCAAACUGCUUAAUUUUUGGUUAAGUGCUGUUGUUGAUACCCCUAAAAAGUUACAGUUAAACCUCGUUAAUACGGACACCAAUUGGGCCAUUACUAAAGCAUCCUGAUUCUUACAAUUUGGCGGGGGACAAGAGGAGCCCACACUCAUAAUCCUCAGGUUGCUAUUAGACAUGCUUGGCAUGCGCACGUGUGUGACCUGCAUUCCAUUCUCGUCCCCAGAGCCACUCGUUUCAAGACCACGUGACCAAGAAACGACGGGCUCUGGGGACAAGAAUGCCUGCAUUCAAUCUCUUUCUUCUGAGCCUGCGUUACCCUCGUUCAGCGGACAAAGGUAAUGCCUUCCACCAUACAACCUCGUUCCCGGGUCCUCUUCUGCCGCCGCCAUAUUGGAAAGGGAGAAGACCCUGGGGACGAGGUUGACCACUGUACUAAGGAUGAAUGAAAUGCACAAGACGCGAUCUGAUCACGCCUAUUUGUACCUUCUAUCACUCGUUAUCUGGCUACCAGUGCGUUUUGAGUUAAACUUACGGCAAAACAUAGCGUUGGAGUAAGAGCAUUUUGAUUUUCUAUCAGAAGCCUGAAUCUCCUCUGCACUCCUAAAUCUUCUGUUAUUAGAAGUAUCGGACAUAAUCAUUCUCUUCUCAUUAAAGCGUCUUCGAGCGAGACAAUAACAAUCAAGGUUUUGGAAAAAAAGGUUAAUUUCAUGCACUUGUCUGAAAACAGUAGAGAGAAUAGAUCAUUUCUCUUGGAAAAACUUGCAAUUGUUUGUAUUGGGAUGCCUCAGUGGUGAAAUAGGUUGCGUGUUAACUGUCAUUAUACAUCAAUGAGAAACAUUUUGUCACGUCUUUUCGUACUAAAAUUAA